GCCAACCCUUCCCUCCGGUUCGCGGGAACCCGGCUGGGUGGCAGAGCUGAAGCGCUGAGCGGCUGCUCCGGUGCGGAGGGUCACGAUAGUGAAUUCCUAAGAAGAAAAUAAUGAAGUGCACAUUAGUUGUUCUUUAAGAGUUCGGACUCAAAGGUGUACAGGUUUGUUGCCAAGGCCAAAGAAGAUGGCAACCCCUUACGUCCCAGUUCCUAUGCCAAUCGGAAAUUCUGCUUCCAGUUUCACAAACAGCAGAAAUCAGAGGAGUUCUUCUUUUGGUAGUGUCUCCACAAGCUCAAACUCUUCCAAAGGCCAGCUAGAAGACUCAAGUAUGGGCAACUUCAAGCAGACGAGCGUGCAGGACCACAUAGACGGUGCGCCCUCAGCCUGUGCCAGUCCUCUCAUUAGGAGUAAGUUUACAGGUCCAGAUUCUUCCAUCGAAUACUCUGCUAGACCGAGAGACGCUGAAGAACAGCACCCUGAUGUGCUGAAUUGGGAAGACAGACCUUCUACACCUACAAUUCUGGGUUAUGAAGUUAUGGAGGAGCGAGCCAAAUUUACUGUUUAUAAAAUACUAGUAAAGAAAACCCCUGAAGAAAGCUGGGUAGUUUUCAGAAGAUACACUGACUUCUCUAGGCUUAAUGACAAAUUAAAAGAGAUGUUUCCAGGCUUUCGAUUAGCACUUCCUCCAAAGCGCUGGUUUAAAGAUAAUUACAACGUGGACUUUUUAGAAGAUAGACAAUUAGGAUUACAAGCAUUUCUUCAAAACUUAGUAGCUCACAAGGACAUUGCUAACUGCCUUGCAGUGAGAGAAUUUCUUUGUCUGGAUGAUCCACCGGGUCCAUUUGAUAGCCUAGAAGAAAGCAGGGCUUUCUGUGAGACUCUGGAAGAGACUAACUACCACUUACAGAGAGAACUACUUGAAAAGCAAAAAGAGGUGGAAUCCCUGAAGAAGCUGCUUGGGGAAAAGCAACUUCACAUAGAUACAUUAGAGAGCAGACUCAGAACAUUGUCUUUAGAACCUGAAGCGUCACUGUAUGUGUCACGAGCAGAAGGUGGACAGAUCCUAAGGGUGGAGUCCUCUGUACUUCAGGUCAAUCGGGAUGUCUUGGAUGAAGAAUCUAGAGCUGAUAACAAGCCACACUUCAACUCUAGAGAAGCCAGAAAUGCAAUAGCAGACAUAGAAGUCGCACAAUUGGCAUAUAAUGCUGAAGAUGACUAACACACUGCUGACAGUUCCCUCCAUUUCAUCAUUUCAGCAGAUUUUCAGCAGAGAGCCAGAUACCACCCUAAAAGACUGAAACAAAGAAGAACAGGAAUGCACGUGUAAAAAAGUUUACAUAAAGUUAUUGUUGUUUUUUUUUUUUUUUUUUAAGUGAUUGGAAUAGGAACUAUAUUCACUGCUGCUUCUGUCUUUUAUCCAGCAUUGUAUUUACUACACUGAAGAAAAAAACUAGUUAGAAUUGUUAUCAGGGCCCUUAUUCUUAAAUACAUUACAUAAAUUAUUACAGUGUCUUGCCUGUAUAUUGCUCUAAAGUACUGUGGUUGUGUGUGUGUGUGUGUGAAUGUGUGUGCUUGCUUGUCUUAAAUCACCAGUUAUAUUAGGUGAAAAUUGCAUGUUAGAAUCUGGGUAACGUCUCUAUCUCAGAUAUGAUAUGUAUUAAAAUCAGUGAACACACAGGGAAGAUAAAUAUGAAACCAGUUUGAAAUGUUGAUAUGUCUAUCAUCUCUAUAUAAAAAUUGCUUAUUUAAAAGAAGAUGACUUUCUAGAACCAAAGAUAAUGUGUUUUGAAGAGCUGUAAUUAGAUAGGCAAAGAAAUAAAACAGCCUUGAUUUAAAUGAUGGUUAAUUAAUGUCAAGAUGCUUACUGUAAGUGUGCUGCUUUAUUAAUAUGUUAUACUUGGAUAUUUUCUGCAUAAUCUUCAAUUUUCUACCCAUAAAUUCAGUGGGGUUUGCCUCAUUCAGAACACUACCUCUUUUUGCUAAUCAAGGCAUAUUCUUUUCAAAAUACAUUACAGUUCUGAGGCAAGUGUGUUACAGAAAAACAAAAUAAAUAACCACAUAUACUGCAAAGUUCCCAAGUAGCUUGACUCCUGGUGUUGCAUUUGUAUUUCGGUGUAUGUGAAGAUGUUAUGCUGUAUUAUGAUUUUGUUUAUAAUGUAUUUAGCCAACUGAUGCACUUUAUAAUUAAACUCAUUUGUGCCAAGUUCAAUUGGUGAGUUUCUUUAGUAAGUAGAGUUAACUGGAAGGGUGAUAUGCCUUUACUCUUAUUACAGAAGUCUCCCAGGAUCUAUAAGCCAGGCUUGUGAAAUAGAUAUGCUUAUUUCAGCUCAGUGUGCAGUUGUGAAAAUGUCUUGUUUCAUCUUGAUGGUGUCAACUUACAUGCUUUCCAUUUCUACUGUUUGCAUAUUAUUCUUAAUGUACAUUGUAAUCACAAUUCCAUCUUGGAAUCCCAGUUGGCAUUGACUACAUAAGUUUUCUAAAAUCUGAAAGAACCUCCUGGAAGAAUAGAAUAAAAUCUUCAUUUCUCCUUU